UCCAUUUUCCUGGUUCUGAUCAGGGCCCUGCCAGCAGCUACUGGUCCAGUAAUCUAACUUACUAUAAAUAAAGGCGUGGACCAGUUUCCUUAAUCCAGAGCGCAGAGAUUUCAUCAGAGUCCCGCUGAAGCUGCAUCUCAAGCCAUGGAGAGUCAGUGAGAAGUCAAAGACUUUUUUAACGUCUGUUUGGAGGUUUUUCAGCUGAAAUGUGCUCUCAGUACUGGAACACAGCUCAUGGACGCAGGCCGGACUACAGGAGGUUCACAGUGGUGGAGGGGCAGACUCCUCUGCCUCUGGGCUCCACCUGUCGCAGGAAACGGCUGCGCUCGUCGGGAGCCGAGGAGGACGAGGAGGCCCGAAGGAGCUGCGCCCGGCGGCCGAACCCCGAAGGCUCUCUGUCGGCCAGCGAGCUGAGCUGCUACGGCAAGCCGGAGGAGAGGGAGGAAGAGAAGCAGCAGAGGCUGUGUCAGCGCUGCCACAUCAUGGCGUUGCAGCUGAACAGGCAGGCUGCUGCUCUGGCCGAUGCGGCAUCGAUGAAGGACCCGGCCUACGCCUCCUUCGUCUUUGAUAAGCUCCACCGCCUGCAGUGGCCUCAUCGGAGCCGCCAUGCUUCCUCCGAGUCCCGCUGUGACGUCUGCGGCGCUGCCUAUCAGCAUCUGAGGCGUCUGGCUCUGCGUCGGGCUCUGGGCAUCAGCGGGGAGAUGACCCCUCGCCCUGCCACCCCCACCGUCCCCCCCGCCACCGCAACGACCUCCCCCUCAGAGGGCCGCUGGGAGGUGGAUGAGCUCCCAGCGAAGCAGCAAAGAUGGAUGCGUGACGAGGAGCGUGGGGGAGGAGCUCCAUGGGGAUGGGGGGGAGUACAGAGCACCUACCUGGGAGGGGGCGGAGCCAAGGGGCUAGCUACCGUCACACCCCUGAAUGCACACAACUACCUGGAGGGGGUGUGGAGGGUGUCGUGCUGCAGACCUGAACUUCAGCAGACUACGAGACGGCAGCUAAAGCAAAAGCCCCACAGACCGACCUCCACAGGUCCCUGGAGCUCCAGCGGUCGUUAGGCGAGAGGCGGGGUCCACCCUGGACAGGU